AUGACGCGAACCAAACCGAAACGGCUGGCAACAGUGAGGCCACCACACGCACCGAUUCGUUUCUCGAUGACUCAAAUCGGAAUCGGUGUGGGAUCUUACACAUUCCUGGCUGGAUUCUAUGAGUGCUACGUCUCUGAGCCAGAAGGGGAAAACACCCAGAAAAUAACAUUGCGCAAGUUUGUCUAUGCGGCCUGCAAAAAUGACAUCUGCAUAUUCAUUCAAUGGAGAAAGGUCUGGAAAAUAUUGAAAGGGCAUAAGGAUGAGACCAACAAUCUGAAAGUAUGGAUGGUCGAAGACGCAGAAUCAAUCUGUCUCGCCGAUAGAAGUUACAGCAUGAGAUCAGCCUACCGACCAUCUCCAGUCACGAACUUGACGUUCAUUUUAAGCAAAAUACCCACGACGUACAAGCUUAAGAAAGCUUACUUGAAGAUACUGACCACAAGAUCCAUUAACAGUUCACACCAUAUAAACAUUUACAGAUGGUACCCAUCAUCAAUCGGCGUUCAACUAAACAACCCGAGGACCAGUCCACGAAACCAGGCCUUCCUGGUCGCCAUGUUUCAUUCGCAAAAUGAAGAUGAGAGGAUUCAGUUGAGUAGAAGAAAGAAAAGAUCUGCCGACAUAAGAAAUCUCGGAGAAUUCAAAAGCAGGAAAGUGCGUAAGGAUAGUCGGAACAAGAAAAAUUCGUACAGCCUAUUAGAUCCUAAAAAAACGACAGAGGAAAUUAAAAUGUACCACGUCUGA